GGGUCUAUAUUUUCAUUUCUCAUUUUCAUUGUUUUUGGAUUCAGACCCAGCCUCCCUCCUCUUUCCUCUGCCAUAAAAGCCUCCACAACUCAACCUUCCCUCCAUCUCACCCAAAGAGUGAAAGAAAGGGAGGGGAGUCAGGGGAAGGAAAGGAAUACUACUUUGUUGUUCUUGGAUUUGUUCUUAACCAAAUGUUCAUUCUUUAUUCAAUUCUUCAUUCAUUUUGUUCAAAGUUGCAUUCUUUGUGAACGGUUUUCAAUCAACCCUUUUAUAUUCAGUUAGCUGUAUAAGCUUUUUGGUGUGAGGAACGCAAGAAUUGGCUGUUUUGACGGGAAGUUUGAAGGAUUAGUCCGGAGAGAGGGGAUAAGAUAAGCCCAGUUGUUUUUUUGGCUUUAAUCGGUGUAAAAAAGUGUUCUUGAUGAAAAUGGCACCAAGUUUUGAUUGUGUUUCUAGCCUGCUUUGUGCAGAGGAAAACAGUAGCGUUUUUGGUGAUGAUGACGAUGAUGUAGUUAUUGAUAAUGGACUAAUGGAAGAGUUUGACGAUAGUUGGAAUCGGAGAAGUCUUCAUCAUUCAUUGGGCAAUCGAAACUGUGGGGAGGAGAUUUUCACUGGUUUUCCGUUGCCUGGUGAGGAGUACGUGGUUUCCAUGAUCGAUAAAGAAUGCCAGCAUUUGCCGGCUACUGAUUACUUGAAGAGGAUGAAAAAUGGAGACUUGGAUUUGGGUACUAGACUGGAGGCUGUUGAUUGGAUUACAAAGGUUCAUUCGCAAUGCAAUUUUGGACCGUUGUGUUUGUAUCUCUCCAUAAACUACCUGGACAGGUUCCUUUCCGCUUACGAGAUACCUUCCAAGGCCUGGAUGAUGCAGCUAGUGGCUGUAGCAUGUUUGGCUCUAGCGGCCAAAAUGGAAGAGACUGAAGUUCCUUUGAACCUAGACUUACAGGCUGGUAAAUAUCCUUCAAAAUUUAUCUUUGAAGGGAAAACAGUUCAGCGAAUGGAGCUCCUUGUGUUGAACACAUUGAAGUGGAGAAUGCAGGCAAUCACUCCAUUCUCAUUCCUUGACUAUUUCCUCAAGAAGAUAAACAAUGAUCAACUUACCUCAAGACUUUUAAUUGCGAGAGCUACGCAGCUCAUUGUCAGCAUAUUUAGAGGGAUUGACUUCUUGGAAUACAGGCCUUCUGAAAUUGCUGCAGCUGUGGCAAUAUUUGUUGCAGGGGAAGCUGAUCCAAUGGACGUUGAUACAGCAAUGUGUGCUCUUGUUCAGUAUGCACAAAAGGACCAAGUGAUCAAGUGUUUGGAAUUGAUUAAAGGAUUCUCGAUGUUAGAAGAUCUUCCAAGUAUUCCGGCUCCAUCCGUGCCCCAAAGUCCCAUUGGUGUGCUGGAUGCUGCAUGCUUCAGUUACAAAACUGAUGAUGGAGGAGUUGGGUCAUGCGUAAGCUCUUCUAAUAAUAGUCCUGUACCCAAGAGGAGGAAGCUUGACCUAUAG